UUAAGCGUUACAUCAGAACAUAAUUUGGAUCAAAACAAGCAAGGGCAAAACAACAAAACAAACUACCACAGAGCGUGGUGAUAGCUUAAAAUAAUAAAAUAAUAAACAUAAUCGUUAGCAUCAAACUAAGUAUGAACAUUGAAAUUACAGGAAAGCGAGAUAUGCGAAAAAUGACACAUAUACUUUCUGACACAUUAAUUUUUAUCCUAAGGUUGAUUUUGGGUUGCCUGACGGAGCCAUGGCCAGCAGAUUGGAUGUUACUCUUUCCUCAGAUUCAGUUAGAAUUGUGAGACAGUGUGCGCCUGCGCUGAGAAAAGUCCUUUCCACCAAAUUUGGAUGCAUGCUUGAAAUCCAUGGUGUGGAGUCUGGUAUGGAAGCAGGUACUGGACCGUCCAGAAAGCCAAUUACACCAGAGAGGAGGUUUUCUAUUUCGCUGAGCAACACUGUGAAUGUGUCUGUCUGGAAGGCGGAUCUCACCAGUUUCAAAGUAGAUGCCGUUGUUAAUGCUGCUAACAGACAGCUUCAGCAUUAUGGCGGUCUGGCGCUAGCACUGAGUGAAGUUGGUGGCCCAGAGAUCCAGAAGGAAAGUGAUAGCUAUACCAAGCGUCAGGGUUGCUUGAAGACAGGAGAAGCAUUUUGCACUGGUGCUGGGAACCUACCGUGCGUGAUGAUAAUUCAUGCUGUGGGGCCAAAUGUACCGAUGAAUCCAACUCCAGCUAUAAUUGAACGGGCUGCACCUGAGUUGGAGAAGGCCGUAGUGAGCAUCCUUGACAUUGUGGAGAAAAACAAAUUGCAAUCUGUGGCCAUUCCUGCUUUGAGUUCUGGCUUGUUUAACUUUCCACUGCCAAAAUGCGCAGACAUCAUAGUGAAGACCCUGAAAAAAUAUUAUGACGGGAAACACUAUAGUAGAAGUGUGCCACUCAAGAUCCAACUGGUGAAUCAUGAUGAGCCAUCCGUCACUGAGAUGAAAAGAGCCUGCCAUCAGAUACUGGAUAAGACACCCGUGUUAUACAGCCAGGCAGCAGUGCACCAUAAUAAAAGUGUUGCCAAAAGCCCCACAAUCACCAUUGGUAUUGCGAAUGCCAGUCUAACUCUGAGAAGAGGAUACAUUGAGGAACAGGAGACAGAUGUCAUUGUCAACACCAUUGCACCGAACUUCAAUUUGUCACUGGGCGAAAUCUCCUUUGCAAUAUCAAAGAAAGCUGGCAGCAAAAUGCAAACUGAAAUUAAAAUGGCUAACAAUAAAUUCUCUAAACAUGUCUACAUCACCAAAGCAUACAAUCUGAGGUGUAAACAGGUGUAUCACACUCUGUGCUCUCAAAAAUUUGUGGAUUCAAAUGGGAAGGUUCUGUACGAAGCAGUAUUGGACUGCCUAUGUUUGGCAGUCAAAAAUAAACACAAGUCAAUUGCCUUUCCAGCCAUCGGCAGUGGCAACUUGGGUUUCAGCAAAAAGGAGGUUUCAAAACUCAUGACAACUGCAGUGGGUAGUUUCGCCCACAGCCACCAAGACAAAAUUGACGUUCAUUUUGUCAUUUAUCCAAGUGAUGCUGACACAUUUGAGGCGUUUGAAGACUACAUGAAAUUUCUGGCUCCUGAUUCUAGCUCUUCACAUGUUGAGCAAACUGAAGACUUUCAACACAGCAAGGCAUCUGCCCCCUGGAUAACUCUGUGCAGUAACUCUGUUGAAAUGACAAGCGAGGCCAGACGAUGGCUGGAAGGCCUUCUCUACAAUGCCUCUGGCAGUGUCACUGUUCACAGCAACUUCAUCCUGCACUUUGGCGAGCACGAAUUCAAACAGCUGUCCCGUGAAAGCAAGAGGAAUGUCUCCAUUGAAGAAUUCUUUGAGAAUGGUUGUGCUAGCAUAACAGUGAAAGGAAACCUGGCUGAAGAUGUCGUAGUUGCUAGGUUGCAAUUGGAGGCCAUGCUCUGUGAUGCCCAGAAAGAGUUUGUCAAAGAAGAAGAGCAUGCUAUGGCCCUGGAGUCAACUAAGAAGCCAUCCUAUGAUAGAAAGCCAGUGGACAGCAGACAUCCUGAUUUCCGUCAAAGAGAAGCUCACUUUCAAUAUGAUGGACUCAAAGUUGUCAAGGUUGAGAAAGUGGUUAACCCUGCUCUGGAGGAGCUAUUUGAGCUGAAGAAGAAGCAACAAAAGACACCUGGCCCUCCCCAGCAAAGGUACCAGCGCAUAUCUGCCCAGUUCUGCGACAUGGUCAGCCAUAUUGGAUUCAACAGCGUGUGCACGCCACCUGAUGACCCAAAGUACGGAGAGGGCAUCUAUUUCACUAGCACAUUAAAAAGAGCCAUGACAGUGUGGAGGAGCCUGCCAGAGGAGGAGUAUCUGUACUUUGUGGAGGCCCAGGUGCUGACCGGAAAGUCCACCCCCGGUCAACGGGGUCUUAUUGUGCCACCUCCUGUGGAUGAAGACCCAGGCAUUCUAUAUGACAGUGUGAGUGGGGGUACUGAUAUCAACGUCAUAUUCAGUGGUUAUCAAGCCCUGCCGGAAUAUAUUAUUACCUGCAAAUUUGGCCACCAUUAGCCCCGAACUCAUUUGGCAGUGGGACCACCAAAAAGUUCCACUAACGCUAGUGGGGAAAAAAAUCAAAUGACAUACUCUCGUCAAUGUUCUCUCUAAAACACCAAAAAUGUGCAUUUCAAAAUUGUGAUGAAUAUGCGAAAGUAUAUGUAACCCAGAAAAUUUCAAUUUACAACCAGAAGAAAAAAUAGAUGCAGAAUAAAGACACUUUUGUAAAAAUAAUUAUGCUCAUUGAUGUCAGUUUUUAUAUGAUCAUAGCACUAAACUGCACAAACAUAUUAUUUCUGGUAUUUCUGGAUCUAAAAAAAGCAUUUGCCCUGUAGACCAUGAAUUAUUACUGAACAAGCUACAAUCAUAUGGAAUAAGAGGAACAGCACUCUCCUGGUUAACCAGCUAUCUAAAAGACAGAUAUCACUAUGUUGAACUACAAAACUUAAAAUCUCACCCACUGAAAGUCACAUGUGGGGUCCCCCAGGGCUCAGUGUUGGAACCAUUACUGUUUAUUCUGUAUAUAAACAAUAUUUGUGAAGUGUCUGAAUCUCUGAAAGCAUUUUAUUUGCUGAUGACACUAAUUUAUUUUGCUGUGGGGAAAAUCUGGAUCAAUUAUCUGGAUCUGGAUGUAGUGGAAAAGGUACCGAUGAAGUUAAAGAUGUGGUUUGAUGCAAACAAACCAACAUUGAAUUUAAGUAAAACAAAAUGUAGACUCGUUGAUAACCAUAAAAUUAACUCAAACAAGAAACUCAUGAUUAACAAUGUAGAAAUAGAAAGAGUGACUGAAAUUAAAUUUCUAGGGGUAAUAGUGGACAAUAAAUUAUGUUGGAAACCACAUAUAAAUUAUACCAAGGCUAAAGUAUCCAAAUCAAUCUCAAUACUAUUCAAAGUCAAAGAUCUUCUAAAUCAAGCUUCACUUUACAACUUGUACUGUUCCCUCAUAUUUCCUGACAUCACCUACUGUGUAGAAGUGUGGGGGAACACAUAUAAAACCAACACUGAUUCAAUCUUCAGUAUUCAAAAAAGAGCCAUAAGGAUAGUAAACAAAACCAAUUACAGAGAACCAACAAACCAACGCUUUAUCAAACUAAAAACACUAAAAUUCAAAGAUCUGGUGGACUUUAAAACUGCGCAAAUCAUGUACAAAGUAUCAAAUCAUAAAGUACCCAACAGUAUCCAGGGGUUGUUCCAGUUGAGGGAAAGUAAUUAUGACCUGAGAGGAAUAUGUACGUUUAAACAAAAACUAGUAAGGACCAAAUGCAAAAUAUCAUUGUUUCACAACAAAACAAGUCAAGAUAUGGAACAACUGCAGUGAUGAAAUGAAAUCAUGUGAAUCAAUAAUCAAAUUUGAAAGACUCUUUAAAAAUAAUAUUUUGAACAAAUAUGGGAUGGAGCUGUGACAUCUUGUUUGAGUUGUUCUUGAGUUGUUUAAAUGUUUGCUGUGCACUUGCUUUGUUCUUGUUCUGUUGAAUAAAUUGUCUUUGUUUGAUUUACAAUACAUCAUGGUCACUGGUGGUGGAUGGUUGAGUUUUCAUUUAAAUCACAUAGUUCACUGUUGAAAUAUUAAAAUAGAAAACCGGGGUAGGAGUUGGAAAGUUUUUAACUUCUGCCUACUCCUUUUCAAACUGCUGAGAUUUGAAACAAAUGUUUGAUGAUGAUAUCGUUUACUUGUUUUGAUUUUUUCUUUUUUUUAUUAUACAUUUUAAUUCUAUUAUUUUAACGUUUGAAAUAAGCUGAAUAAGCUAAACAUAUAGGCUCUAGAAAGAUUGUAUUUACUUUGAAAUAUUUGGGUGGUGGUUGCUGAUCAACAUUUACUAUAUGAGGGGUUAUGCUAAACAGGGUCAUAUAGUUUUAAAUAUUUACCAGAGAUACAGCUAAUAUUUUAAUAUUUCUUAAUGGCUUUUAAAUUUGAACACUUGUUUUUUUUUUUUUUUGCUCAACGAGAUGUACGCUCUGGUGAGCAUGAUAAAGUUCGCAGUUGUGGACAGUGGUGGAUUUGGGAUCCAGAACUUCAGGCCAUAGUGUGGGAUGUUGGAGUUGGCAAUGCCCAACCAGAACCGGUUCCUACCGGGCCAGACGUUGAUCAUGAAAUAAACUUGGGGUUUUAGUAUGAGUAUUCUGGUGUGUAUGCGGUCCGAACGCCAUGUUUUUGCUGUGGACCAGCCCACAUAUGGGUUGUUUGUUACUACACCGGGUGGGCUUGUCAUCCAGAUAAAUCACUGUUGUACCCCAUGUGAUUGGUAUUUUGCUCUCUGAGGUAGAUCUACAAUACAUCAAAUAUCAAUCAUUUGUUUGGUUUUUUUUCGAAGUAUAGCACAGUAUUCAUGUUACCUCCACAUGUAAUGUCAAAUAUUGGCAAUAAUUGUAAAUUAGUGGGUUUCCUGUAAUGUUAAUACUAACUUAGCAAGGCCUUGACAAGAAAGCCAGACACAUUGCAUUGCAUCACAGAACUGAAAUGACUGGACUGUUACUUUGCUGUACAGUUUUAUAUCCAAAAGCAGCACGUUAAGGACUUUCAAAUGUAUACUUCUGUGGACACUGAAACUAGAAAUAAAAUAAUUUGAGCA